AGUCCAACCCUGGUCACAUGAGGCUGCGGCAUGGGGGCCCUGGGAGGAGGUGUGCUGGGCCAAUGGGUAACCCUCCCAGUUCGUGGAUGGCAUCUUAGAUGCAGCCGGGAUGUUUCAGACUGGUGACAGAGGCGGUGGAGGAGACAGAAAGCGCUCAACAGGGCCUUGUAACAGAACCACAUGGUUUCACAGACUCUUAGGUACCAAGAUCCACGCCUCUUUCCGGCCCAAACUUCCACGGUCCUCCAGGACCAUAGAGAGCAGAGCGAAGACAGCUCCUCUCCGCGCUACCUCCCCCAGGGAGCAGCGAGACGAGCGGAGGGCCAGAGCGGCCGGAAGUGAAGCCAGCCGGGGGUCGCGCUGGCCGGGCUGGCGGUGUGUCGACUCUAUUUCCUUUGUGCUUUCUUGUGGGCCUCGGGAAGAGCAGGCCCCAGAUGGACACUGGGAAGGACGAGGGAAGUCUGCCGCGGUCUUCGGGGCCGCCCACUAAGAAGAAGUUUGUUAUCCCACUGAAGGAAGUCGAGAUCCCUCCUGCAGGGGUCAAGCCCUUAUUCAGAUCUUCCCGAGACCCCAGCACUACAGCAAGCUCAGCCCAAGUGGCUCCUCAGACAUACGCCCAGUAUGCCAUUGCCCAGCCUCCAAGAGGGGCUGGGGCCACAGGGCACACAGGCUCUGAACCUGUGAAGGGAGAGAACCCCAGCCAGACCCUGAAAACAGGAGCCAAAUCCAAUAGUAUCCUGGUGAGCCCGCGGCAGAGGGGCAACCCUGUAUUGAAGUUUGUGCGCAAUGUUCCCUGGGAAUUCAGCGAGGUGACCCCUGACUAUGUGCUGGGCCAGAGCACUUGUGCCCUCUUCCUCAGCCUCCGCUACCACAACCUCCAUCCAGACUACAUCCAUGAACGGCUGCAGAGCCUGGGGAAGACCUUUGCCCUGCGUGUGCUGCUGGUCCAAGUGGACGUGAAAGACCCUCAGCAGGCCCUGAAGCAGCUGGCUAAGAUGUGCAUUUUAGCAGACUGCACCCUGGUCCUGGCCUGGAGCGCGGAGGAAGCAGGGCGGUACCUGGAGACCUACAAGGCUUAUGAGCAGAAGCCUGCUGACCUCCUCAUGGAGAAGUUGGAGCAGAACUUCCUGUCCCGGGCUACCGAGUGUCUGACCACUGUGAAGUCAGUCAACAAGACCGACAGCCAGACCCUCCUGGCUACAUUUGGAUCCCUUGAACAGCUCUUCACUGCCUCACGGGAAGAUCUAGCCUUGUGCCCAGGCCUGGGCCCCCAGAAGGCUCGCAGGCUCUUUGACGUCCUCCAUGAACCCUUCCUCAAAGCGCCCCGGCGACCCGCUGCCACCGAAGCCCCAGUGUUGCAAUAAAGCGUUUUCCAGGCCCAGGC